AUGGCGACAAAUGUAUACGACAGUAAUGGCUGGGAUAUGAUUGCUGCAACUACUCAGGAUGAUAUCACCUUGGGUGCCCCGCAACUGCAAGUCAAGGUUGGCUCUGGUAGCCAAGUUGAUGUACUGAUACCUAUCACUGGAUCUAUUAAGCUGAACGGUACUUCGAUUGAACUUCUGGGACAAGAGAUAAUUGUCACGACAGAUCUUUUGCAAGUUGAAGCAGAAGUCGAUCCACAUCCCGGAGAAAACCAGACGACUUACGAUCUUAUGUUCAACCUUCGCGAAGGUUUCAUCGUUGAUAUCAACCUCGAGAUGCCAGCUGCCGGAUAUGCUUUCUUGAUCAUUGCUUUGAAGCAAAUCAUCAAAGACUACCUUGGAACUGGCAAGCAGUACAUUCUCGCUAGCUUUACCUUGACGGCUGCAGAAGAGGCGGAGUACAAACCUCUCAUUCCUCGACUCGCAGACUUCACGUUCGUCUAUGAUCCAACGACCCCUAGCCGCAGUAACUUCUUAGUCUUGAUGCAAACUGUUUCUCCGGGCUUGGGAAAUAUGUACUUUAAUGCGCCGAUUCUUGCACCUACUCAAGAUUAUCUCGUCUUAGUAUCGAACAGAUUAUUCUUAGAAUACAUUGUAAUGCCAGCGCUCAUCACCGGACUCAAGAAAGAAAUAAUUAACACCGACACCCACAUCGAGCUCGACAAAGAUAACGAUCCAUGGAUCUCAAAACUAACAGGUUCCAUCGACACCUCUAUGCAAGCCCUCGAGCUCUUCCUCGAAUAUAAAGCCGACGUCACUUUUGUACAAGUUCACGUCGACGCAUGGGACAAUAGUUGGCAGCAAUUCGCGAUCGACGACCAAGGCAACAUUACUCUGAAGCAGAUUAAUGAGGAACAGAAUAAAUCGACAAUCUUGGAGUGGUGGAAGUGGUUGAUUGCUGGUGGGGCGUCUCUAUAUGCCGUGAUAGCUGUUGGUAUCAUAGAUCUGGUUGUCACUGCCGACGCUCCAGGUCUUGGUGGAACAUUUGCAGACAUUGGCACCACUGCGCUGAUUAAAUGGCCCAAUCAAAAGACUAUUGUGCUCAAGUCUAUCACCACCCCGGGCCACAUUGUCAUGGAUCUUGAGGUCUCAUUCUGA